AUGGCGCAUCUACCGUCUGACGUUUAUCUCACAACCAGCUUCAUGCACUCGGGAGACGUCAGUCCAACAACUCCGAAGCUCCAGCUCCAGCUCUCUAUACCUCACCAUGAUCCAACAUACUAUAUACCUGACGGAAACACUGUUCUGCUUGUAGAGAACACACUUUUUAGGGUCCAUAGGUCGACACUGACAAAGGACAAAUCCACCUUUGACAGUAUGUUCUCCCUGGACUCAGACCUACGCUCAAGCUCCAGCAUGCCGAGUGUCACGGCGGGACCCGAAGGUGAAAGCGACGACAACCCGAUUAGGCUCCACGGAGACACAGCGCAGGAAUUCCGCGCUCUCCUGUGGGCUUUAUACGCUUUGCCACAUGAGCUCACCCUCGCGCUAACGCCUAAAGCGAAUACGUCCCAGUUGUUCAAUCUCGCUCGCAUCACGCAUAAGUAUGAAUUCCGCUCGAUCGAAGGAUGGGCCCUUGGGGCUCUUACAACGAUAUACACGCGUCCAUUGCACUCCCCCAGCGUUCAAGUUGAAGACGUCGAAGGGCCCAGCCUUGUGCAACUUACGGAGCUGGCAUCUCUUUGUGAGCAACGGGAUCUUCUUGACGCUGCCACGCUGCGAUGGAAACGGCUCCUCUUAUCGGGAAAGGACAUUGGACUUGCCAUGGGAGUCGCAGAACGACUUAACCUACGCAUCCUGCUUGGUUCCGCAUAUUAUGCUAUGAUGCUCCAAGGCCGGGAAGUCUGGGACAACGAUGUGUUACUCACGCGAGCACAGCGCAUCCGCCUUCUUUCUGGGCAUUACGCUCUUGGCCGGCUAUGGGAACGUCUACCAAGCGAACCACCUGUUAUCGCGCAUAGCCCACGGUGCACCGGGGGCGCGCAAGUACGGUGUAAUCAAGCAUGGGCUGCACUAUGGCGCUCGACAUUGGACAUGGGCCGUCAGGUCCUGCCAUUACAAUACGCGGACGUGGUGGGCAAAUUGAUGCUUGCGGAGAGUGUAACGAAGGCCCUUGUGGAGCGAGAGAUACCUACGCAGGGGAUGCUAGAUGGAAUGCCAUGGUGCAAAGACAACGUUUUGGCUGCUGUGGCUGGGAAGGUGAAGGAGGUGCAAGAGAGUUUGGCUGAUUACUUCACGGAUGUCGUAUGA